GCCCCCUGAGCACAUGCACUGAGCCACGUGCGGCACGCCUUGGAAUGGCAGGGACGUGGUACCUUUUCAUGUUCGUGUAUAUCCAUAUGUCUUUCUACACGUGUGCUGGUGUGUUGGUCUGUCUUGUCUCCCCUGUAGACGGGAAGCCCCGAGCCACGCGCCAGCAGGGACUCUGGGAAGGUGACGUCGAGACUAGCCCAGCCUAAUCUGGGGUUCCUGGUCCUGCCCCAGGAGUCCUCCAGUCUGCAGCCCCCGCCAAGGAGGGAGGAUUGACCAGCGCGGGGGUGGGGGUCCAAGAGUCAAGGGUCUGGGGACUUGGUUCAUAGCGUAGAGGACUCAGUGCUGGGCUGAGCCCAUCAGGAGGCCCUGCCCCAGUGUCAGUGACCUUGGGCGAGACCUUCGCUCUCUCUGGGGCGCAUCCACUCAUCUGGAGGACACGGGGUUGGACUGAUGAUUUCUGGCCGCCCUGAGGCUCUGACGAUUGUGACUUUAAGUCGGGUGGUGGGAGCCUGCUAAAUUUGUUGGUGGAGGCAGCUGUGGCCAGAGCCUGGCCUGCCAGUGCCCUCACUCGGUCCCGGUGUGCUGCUGAAGGGCGAGAGGAGAAGCCAUGCCGGGCAGCGGCCCCAGCGAGAGGAUGACGUGGCCGGGCCCGGCCCUCCCCACGGCCCCCCCAACCCGCCCUCUCUCCUCAGCCCCGGGGACACCGCCCAUCCUGCCCCUCACCCGGACCCGCAGCCUCAUGGCCAUGUCCCUGCCAGGCAGCAGACGUGCCUCUGCUGGAUCCCGCAGGCGCACCUCUCCACCCGUGAGUGUGCGGGAUGCCUACGGCACUUCUUCCCUCAGCAGCAGCAGCAACUCCGGCUCCUGCAAGGGCAGUGACAGCAGCCCCACGCCCAGGCGCUCCGUGAAGUACACGCUGUGCAGUGACAACCACGGCAUCAAGCCCCCCACCCCGGAACAGUACCUGACGCCCCUGCAGCAGAAGGAGGUGUGCAUCCGGCACCUGAAGGCCCGGCUGAAGGACACGCAGGACCGGCUCCAGGACCGGGACACAGAGAUCGAUGACCUGAAGACGCAGCUGUCGCGCAUGCAGGAGGACUGGAUUGAGGAGGAGUGCCACCGUGUGGAGGCCCAGCUGGCCCUGAAGGAGGCCCGCAAGGAGAUCAAGCAGCUCAAGCAGGUCAUUGACACCGUCAAGAACAACCUGAUUGACAAGGACAAGGGGCUGCAGAAGUACUUUGUGGACAUCAACAUCCAGAACAAGAAGCUGGAGACGCUGCUGCACAGCAUGGAGGUGGCCCAGAACGGCUUAGCCAAGGAGGACGGCGCUGCUGAGUCUGCCGGCGGGUCCCCAGCCCGCUCCCUCACCCGCAGCUCCACCUACACGAAGCUGAGCGAUCCUGCUGUCUGCGGUGACCGCCCGCCUGGUGACCACCGCGGCACCUCUGCCGAGGACGGGGUUGACAGUGGCUUUGUGGCGACCGAUGACACUCUGAGUCGGAUGGAUGCGCUGGAGGCCAGCAGCCUGCUGUCGUCGGGGGUGGACUGCGGUCCCGAGGAGGGCUCCUCGCUGCACAGCUCCUUCAGCCUGGGGCCCCGCUUCCCCGCCAGCAACACCUACGAGAAGCUGCUGUGCGGCAUGGAGGCCGGCGUGCAGGCCAGCUGCAUGCAGGAGCGUGCCAUCCAGACAGACUUCGUGCAGUACCAGCCUGACCUGGACACCAUCCUGGAGAAAGUGACCAAGGCCCAGGUCUGCGGGACAGUCCCCGAGUCAGGGGACAGGCGCCCGGAGUCGGCCCACCCCCCGGGGCCCAGGGACCUCAACUCUGCAGUGGUGGUGACGGUGGGUGACGAGCUCGAGGCCCCAGAGCCCAUCACCCGGGGGCCCACCCCACACCACCCUGGUGCCAACGCAAACCCCAGCCCGUCGGUGAGCGUGGCAUGCCCCGUGGAAGAGGAGGAAGAGGCAGCCGCAGCCGAGAAGGAGCCCAAGAGCUACUGGAGCCGCCACUACAUCGUGGAUCUGCUGGCGGUGGUGGUGCCGGCUGUGCCCACGGUGGCCUGGCUCUGCCGCUCCCAGCGGCGCCAGGGCCAGCCCAUUUACAACAUCAGCUCCCUGCUGCGGGGCUGCUGCACCGUGGCCUUGCACUCCAUCCGUAGGAUAAGCUGCCGCUCGCUGAGCCAGCACGGCCCGAGUGCCAGCACGGCAGGCGGCAGCUCCCAGCUCUGAGGAGGCCCCGGCCCGCCCAGGGCUCUGGCGGCCUGACUACUGAUUGUAGAGGUGCCGUCCUCCCUCUCACACAUCCCUGUGGGGCAUCAUCUUAUUUAUUUAGUUCUGGGUUUUUUUCAGAAUGAUAACCGUGUCAGGGGCCGGGAGUGGGGGUUAGGGGGAGGCCUCCCAAAACUUCAACAGGAGAGAAGGGAAGAGAGACCAAGGGCAGGGAGGCGCACUGAUGGGACACACUGCAGAGAAAGCAGGUGGUGAGGCCCCCAACCCGGCCCCCCUGCCCCCCGGCCCCUCACACAGGGCAGCCCCAGCUCAGGAAGUCUCUGGUGUGUGGAUCUGCGGAGGCCCGGCUUGACUUCCCUACUGAGCCUCCCCAUGCCCCACCCCCGUGUCCUGUCCCGUUCCCUGCUCACCCCAGGCCUUCUCUCCCAAGCCACCCCUUGCCCUCAGCCCAGGCUUCUGGGCCAGUAUUAUCUCCUCAGAUGGAGGCAGCUGCGACCCAAAGUACAGGCAACUGACCGGGACUCUGAGCAGGUCUGGAACCCCUUGGCCUGGGCUGAGCUCCAGCCUCUUCAGGCUGCUCCCCACUCUGGGAUUCAGGAGCACAGUCCAGGCCAUGGGCUGGAGGAAAGGUGGUGAUGGCAAGAGGUGGCAAAGGGCAGUGUGGGUUCUGUGUCUGUCUGUUCAUCCCAGACCUUCCCCACAUCUGUUUUCCUCUUGGCGCUUCUGAAUGUGUCAGGUAAUUCUUCUGUGAGAGCCAGACAGGCGCGUGCCAGGGUGUGAAAGCCUGCCUGAGCCCCUGCUCCCAUCUGGAGAUUCUGCCAGCAGGAAAGGAGGAGCCGGGGGCUGGCAGCUUAAGGGGGCACCUCCAGCCUUCUGAGGCAAGGCCCUGCAGCCUGGGAGGCAAGGCGGGCCUACACAACCCCCAGCUGACCCCUCCAGGGCUGACUGCCCCUGGAGCUUGCCCGAGUUUCUCCAGGGACCUUAGGACCAACUUCUGCUAUGCACUGUGUUCACUUUGGGGCUUGGUUCUCACGCAUUCCAGGAUCUCCUGCAAGGUGGCUGCUUGCUUUCUAGGAUGAGAGUUCCUAAAUCAUACACCUGUCUGCCUCUGGGGGGACUUCCAGCAGGAUGAGUGGCAGGAUGAGGUAUUCAAGCCAUGAUGUCCGUCCAGGCCUAAGCAGGGUGCCCUGGGAUGUUUGCCAGGUUGGGGUGGAGUGGGGCUCCCAGACCGAGCCUAUUCAUCCUGGGAAGGUUCACGGCCCACCCCUUCCUUCCCUGGGACCACACCUGGGUCCCCCAGCAAAGCUGCUGACAUUUUAUUAGCAUUACUGUUUUACAGAGUAAACCCAUUUCGCUUCCCCUGCAGGGCUUAUACCUAUCUGGUCAUCCCACCCACUCUUCAGAGUUAGGCCCUACAUUGGGGUGGGGGGUAGGGGGCGUUGGUGGGACCCUAUGUCUUACUCACCCCUCUGGCCUAGGGGCCACUCUGGUUCUGCCAGGGUUGCUUGCCUACCCCUGCUGCUCCGACAGCUGGCACCUGACUCGUGGGCUCUGCCCUUCCCCUCUGUGCCCCCCGCUCGAGGGGGGACACCUGCAUGCACUGGGGGUGGGCGGCCGGCCCAGCCAUCGGUGGGGAGGGCCCCUCUGCCACGCACUUUGUGCCUCCAAAGCUCCCCCUCCUCGCUCCGGGCCUCAGACCUGCCGUCCUUUGCGGAGCAUUCCCCCACCCCAGCCGAACCAAACCCAAACUCUGGGGGCUGGGCUGGGAUGCCCCACAGGCCCCGGGGGUCACGACAUGGAGGGGCAGCGGACAAACCCAAUCCAAAGCCAAACCAGGACUGGCCGCGGACCCCGCCUCCCGUGCCGUGUUCGCCCGGAGCUGCGUAGUGUCUCCAUAGAAACAGUCAAAAGCUUUGCCGAGAAAAUAAAUGUAUGACUAUAUUUGACAACAUGAAAUCUAUAUAUUUUUCACCGCUGGAAUCUGGUUGAGCGGCGUAGCCCCUCUGCUCCCGUCUGCGUCUUGCUGUCUGUGGCCUUCCUCCUGUGUCUUGUGUUUCUGUGGACGUGGGGGGGGCCGGGGCCGUGGUCCGCUGUGUCCCUGUUGCUGGAGGAGCCACGCGUGAAGAGCAUGGACCGAGGACUGUGGACAAUGUGAGCGGAGCCAGUGCCGCCCUCCCCUUCUGAGGGGCCCCAGCCCACAGUGUUGGGGGACCUCUCUUUUGGGGGAUCUGGUGGGCCCUUCGAUGGGCUUCGCCUCUUAUGGGUGGAGGAGGCGGCUCUCUGGCCCAGGCCUGGGACAGGUGCUGGGGCCGUGCUGGCUGGGCCCUGGCUCGUGCAUGUGUGCGUGUGUGUGCCGGUAUCCUGCAUCUAUGCAAAAGGGGCAGCGCCGCCUGGACAGCUCCCGGCGCUGGAGGCGCAGCAGCCCACGGGCUCAGGCUCCAAGCCCUGACCACAGGGCACAGAAUGUGGGGCUGGGGAGCAAGGCCGGGGCCCUGGGGGCCUCCGGCUGCGUGCUCAUCCUCCAAGGCUCCCCUCUUCCUUCCUGCUUAAUACCUCCUCCUGUUGGGCUGUGACCGUUCCCUCCUGCCCUCCGCUUUUGCAGCAGAAAUCUUUGGGGUCUCCCCUCUCCCCAGCCUCUGGCCAGAGCUGAUUAGAUCCUAAGGGACAGUGUUCUCAGGACCCACCUUCUGGAACUGCUGGUCCCUUGGAGCCCCACUGCCAGAAGUGGCUUCUCCUACUUGUAGGGUCCAGGCUGGAGCCGCUUUGUUGCUCUUCUGGUCCAGGCUCAAGCAGGAAUCAGAGUCGGAGGCCGGGACUCUGCUCAGAGAGCUGGCCUCAAGUGGAGUUUAGCCAGGAUAUCUCCCGAGGGGAUAACUUAGCUUUUCUGAACAGCCUUUCCCAGCCGCCACUAGCACAGGGGUAUCUGGCAGCACCUUGGGGGGGGGCCGGGCGGGGGCACAUGGUAAGGUUCUGGGGUAAAGGCCUACAGAGGGGCCUCUGCCCAGUGAACUCACGACCCCCGCUCUGACCUAGGAGUCCGUGCAAACAAGUCACACUGCACUGUUAUACUCAGCCAUGCCCUUGACAGAGACUUCAGGGGAUACAGGAAGGGGGGAGGUGGGGAGGGGUCUGCACUUUUGUCUCCUUUGUCCUUUCGAUCAGACAGAGUUGUACCUACAGCAGACAG